AUCACUGACACCCAGCCGCCAUGUUGGGCGUUGCCCACCCCCUCCCGACCAGAUACCAGAGGAUGCGUGCUCGCAGUGCGGAUGCCGCUCUGACAGUGUGUGUUCCAUCGAUCAGAAAUGCUGCUUUAAUGGGUGUCAGUAUACAUGCAUGAAUCCCGUCAAACCACCGCCAGCGUUUGACUGGUUAAAUGAACCGAUUCGGCAAAGAACUUCUGGUAACGCAUGGUUAAUAACUGGUCCUGAAAAGACUCACACAGAGGAAUCAUGCAGCACAUCAACGUUUGAUGAGGGGGAUGGUAUCUUAUUGGAAUGUCCAACGGGCUAUCGGUGUUACAUCACAUACGCAGGUGAUGCGGAGAACAAUAUACCAAACAAAGGCAUCUGUAUUCAAAUUAAAUGAUGACAUCACCCAUGAUUGUAUUAAACAUCACAAGGGCUUGAUUUGGUUGACCCCCACCAGUAUAUGUCAAUGCGGUUUGUUCACUAUUGAAGGGGCGGGGCAGAUUACCACCCUGGCCGAACUCUUUGUGACUUUUUUUUUUGCUUUCCAGAAAAUUUGGGACGGAAGAGUGCUUCUGAAAACAGUGAUGACCUCCCCCACACCACCCCUUGUUAUAUUUAUUUUGCCCCUCGUUAUGAGGUUUGCCAGACGUGUACACCAUUGGGUAUAUUUUCCUUUUUUCAAAUGUAAAUUUCAUUUUCUCACUUCCGUGGGAAGAAUUGAAAUCCAUAUUAAGUCCAGUAGUUUGACAUCGUAUCAAUGUUUGUGGGCCGGUUGCACAAAACGCUGCGAUCAAACGCAACUCCAAAUGUCGAACGAAACUUCAAUUUCAACCAAUGAAAUGCGCGCAUUGGGGACUUGUGCUUAUAAUUUCUUGAGUUGCGUUCAAACGCAACUGUUUCUGCAACGAGCUCCUGGUCAUUUUGGGUAAAGGCAUUAUCAUUCUCUCUCACAUGGGGCUUUUUAUUGGGGGUGGGGGAUGUGUGUUUGCUUAUCGAUUGACAUACGGGUGACCACACCCCCUCCCACCCACCAUUAUUUCUCAAGAAGUAAAAAAAAAAAAAAAAAGGAAAAAUUCGAAGAAAAAGAAGGAUGAAAAGGAAGAGAGAAGAAAUAAGAACAUAAAACGAGAAGUAAAUGUCAUGUAACUCUAUAUUACCCCUUUAAUCAUGGUAAUUCAAUAUUAAGUUAUUAUUGAAAUGGUCAUGAUCAUGAUGAUCUUGCACUUAAAAACCCAUUUACCGAUGCCCUUAUUCUCAUAGACAUUUGUGUCGUUAUUUUGUUUUAAAUAAUGACGCGGGAUUAUCGGGUUUUAUUAUUCAUUCACUUGAAAUUACCGUAACAUGUUCUUUAUUCAUUGUAGAAUGCUACUAUUAACGUGAUUAUAAAUAGUGUGUAACUGUAUUGCUGCACGUAUGUACACUCAAAAGAAUGUAUUGUCGAUGUUUUGUUUCGUUAUGUUUUUGUGUUUUUGGUACUUUUGUAAUGUAAAUAGCCCUGUAUGUUGAUUCUAUUAUGUUUCCAUAUUUAAUGAAUUAUACUGUAUCAUUCAAUGACGUGAUACUGAUUACAGUGUGAAUAUAUUACUGAUGUUAUUAAAGAA